UGUAUGUGCUGUACCGAAUAUCAUACAGUUAUACCUAAUGCCAACCAAUUAACACAGAAAAUUCUGCUGCAGUCCACUCUGCAUAAUUAUUGUCAAUCAGAGAACAUGUUUAAACUUGUAUUUCCUGCUCUCUGAAGCUCUCUGUGUCAAAAAUGGAUGGUUAUGGAAGCCUCAAUCCUGUGCUGGAGAUAACAGUCCAUGGAUGCAGCAAACUGAAGAACAUGAGCUUCUUUACAAAGCAGCAUCCCUACGUGUGGCUUGAUUACGUGGGCAUGGAGUUCAGAACCACAACCCAUAAAGAGGGAGGUAACAAUCCGACUUACAACCAAAAGUAUUAUUUUCGUCUGAUUGAAGAUGUUGACCAGCUGGAUGUCCACGUGUACAGCAAAAAUUCUGUGGCCACUGACACUUUCAUUGGCUCUGGAAGGGUAUACUUGCAGAGAGUUCUAUCUGUAGGAUAUGAUGAAACAGCUUGGCCUAUUGUGGACAAACACAAGAAAUUUGCUGGAGAAGUAAAGCUCAGCAUGGCGAUUCUACAAAGUGAAGCAAGAAUUACAAGAAUUGCACCUAGUGCCCCACCUUUGAUGAAUGAUACUGAGUCUGUUGAAGAUGUGGGUCUUCCCAUGUUCACCAAUGCUUUAGGGAAUAUCUCAGUUGAGAAGCUUUUGGAAAAGUUAGGCCUCUUUCUCAUCACCAAGGCACUAGAGUACAUAGGAUUGAGGUCUUAAGGACACUAAAGAUAUGUGAAGCAAAUGAUAAGUGUGUGAAGGAGGAACGUGAUUUAUAUGACCAUGGAUCACUGAUGGUUCAAUCCAAAAAGCUUUAUCAUCUAUAAUUUGAGUAUUGUAUUGAUGAAGGAAGAUUUGAUAGAUGGAAUAAAGCUCUUGGAGAGAAAGUUACACCAUAAGGAAGGAACUUUAUGGGAGUGUUUCACACUUUUGUCUUCAAAUUUUGAAUUGAAUGUUAUAGAUAUUACAUUUUAAUUUUAA